AUGUCUAGCCAGAGCUCUACCAUCCUUCUCACAAGGCUACUUGGGUUGAAGGAGAACUCUCCCUUCUUAUUAGUGUUGGAUUCUCUUGCACAAUCUGCACAUCAUUUAAUUCUUGAGUUCAUCAAUAGAAGUGCCUCCAAUACUCGAGUGAUUUACUUGUCAUUCGAAACUAUAAAUAAGCCUAAUUAUGCUACAGAUUACGUGGAUUUGACAUCAAACGACAUAUCUCCUGCCAAGGUUAUACAACUUGUUCGUGAACUUGUCACUACCACCCAACCUUCAUCCAUCACAUCAGCCAAGACUCUUAUCGUGGUGGACUCUUUGAAUUAUAUACCUACUGAAGAAUUAUCUUCCUUUAUUUCUGGUUGUAUCAUUCCUGGAACUUCCUUAUUGGGAGUUUUCCAUACCAACAUCCCACAGAGCCAACCUACUGUCAUCAAUCAUCCAUCUCCAAUAAAUAUACUAUCAUUCAUUGCCAGUUCCAUAUUUGAAGUGGAUCCAUUACUCGAUGAAGAGAAAAUCGAUGAAGAGGCUUUAGAAAUUGCCAUCAAUAAACUCCAAACACCAAUUAAUGUCCAUCUUAAUAGUUCCACCUACAAACUUACAUUGACCAAUAGAAGGAAAUCAGGACGGUCUUUGACUUAUAGAUAUGUCAUUGAUUCAGCAAAGAAAUCUAUAGAAGUGUACACUCCAGCACUGGGUAGCGAGGAGGCAAGAGAAGAAGAUGAAGCAUUGUUGAAGGACUUGACUACAUUUAAUUUGACUACAAACUCGAAGCAAAAAUUGGCUAGAGAACAAGUUGAUCUCCCAUUUAUGCAAGCACAAGAGGCUUUGGGAUCGUCUGGUGGUGCAAUUGUCUACGAAUUUGAAAAAGAUGAUGAUUAUGAUGAAGAAGAUCCAUUUGAGGACCCAUUUUAG